AUGCAACAACAUUCGUCUUCAGCAAUCGCAUCACCAAUAUCGAAACAACUCACCGAAGAUCAAGUCUACUCAUCCGAUGAUUACAUUGACGAAGACAACGGGGAUAUUCAAAAUGAUUUUAAAAAGGUUCAAAAGAUAUCUGCAGCAACAGAGAUGAAAUCUCCUGAGAAGAUAAUUCAAGAGACUGAAACUGAAGAAGAAAAGGAAAUACAAACCAUGGCAGAGAAAAUGAACGAAUGGUGCUCUGCUCUUCGAACUGAAGUCAUGAAUAAUUUAUUUGAUCUGAAAAAAAGAAGUGUACAGAAACUUAAUGAGCUCCAUCAACGAAACAAUGACGAUCGUGAUGACUUGCUCUAUCAACACAAGUUGAAAGAAGAAAAGUUAAGGGACAGCAUUGCAAAGAGAGAUUACUACCUGGCUCGAUUUAAAACGCUAACUUUCAGAAUGGCUGAUCAGAUAUCACAUGCAAGACGAGUGGAAAGAGAAAAGACCUUGUUGAGAAACAUUUUGGGAAAAUGGAAAGAAUAUACAGAAACAAAGAAAAUGAAAAAGAAUUUAGGAACCAUGCUGUUGCGAAACUAUCGAAGAAACCAAGCAAGAAAAAUUCUUCAAGGAUGGUACAUGUGGAUUCUAAAUGCAAAGCAAAACACUACUGAGAGAAUUUGGCAAAACAGACUUGAUAAUGAAAAGGCUGAAAUGAGAAAUGAUUAUGAAAUGAAAAUUGAGAAACUCAAGGAGGAGAUUUUAAAGUUAAAUCAAGCACUAGAGAGAGAGCAAAAUGACAAGCUGGUUUUACAAGAGAAUCUUAAGAAGGCACUCAUGAGAGGCGUUUGUGCGAUGAAUAACAAGUUUUUAGAAAUUAUCAAGGACACCAAUAUUAAGCCUACACAAUCUUUCAAUGUUCAACAAGAACUGGAAGAUGUUCUCAAUGAGGAUCAAGACGAAUCCGAAUUCAUUCAAGCAAUGCAAAGCCAGCAACCUCCAAUCCCACGACCAUAUCCAAAUUAUUCGCCAGAUACACACACAUAUGUUCCACAACCUCAAGUGCAAUCGUAUUUAGCGAACCAGCAACAAGGUACCACCACCAGAUUUGUUGCGUCCCCCUAG